AUGGCGAGAUCAACGACGAGACCGACGGGUUUCUCCAGCAGAACCCUAACCCUAACUCUAGAAGAGCCUUCUUCCUCCUCAACCCAGCCACCUCCGCCUCAAACCCUCGUCCUUCGCCUGAAGCCACCAAAGAAGAAGGUUACCUGGAAGGAAGACACGGUCGACAACGAGUUUCUCGGCAGGAAGAGUUCUAAAAAGUGCUGCAUCUUCCAUAAGCAGAAGCCUUUUGAUGAAGACGAAAGCGAUGACGAGGAAGGCCAUGGACCGAAUUGCACAGAUGGCCACAAUCACGGAAAAGAGGGCGGGUCGAUGGGAUCAAUUUGA